UAGCAGUCGUGAUAUAUGUGUAUUCGUUUCAAAACAGAAAUGACGCAACUGAAAUGUACACGUCAUAGUUAAAUAUAAAUAUGGCGUAGGGCGGUGGCAUGUGUCACUAUUUCGAUCGAUAAUUGUUUCGACGAGUGUUCAAAUCGAUCACUUAACACCACCUACUUCUUGUGCUAAUGAAUUUUGUGCAGUUUCUCUAUUAUGCAUUACCUUUUAAAGACUACUUUUAUUACGGCCGUAGAAGGGAAGAUUGACGAGAUAGCGUAAGGAGGUUAUAUAGAGUUUUCGUUUUGACAGGCGCAAUCACGCAUUACCGUGGUGGGACGGUAAAAGAAGUCAGUUAAAAAGUUGAACAGUAGAGAAGAGGACGUCAUCGUUAGUUGUGCGGACGAGUUCAAGCUCGUAGCUUACUUUGGUUAGAUAAGAAAAAAUUGCUUAUAUUGGAUAACAGAUAAAGUGAACGUUACAAAAUGGAUGAUAAAAAGACAGAACACAUUGUUAUGACUCCAAAAUGUAAGACUGCAAAUUCUACAACCCUUAUAAUAGAAAGGCAGGCUUUAGAACCGCCAACAGAAAAUGGAAAUGAAAAUAAUGUUCAUGUUGCUGGUGGGGAUCAUAAAGGAAUAGUUAUUAACAAACAAGCAGCUGCUGUUACAAAUGGUGAAAUUCAUCCAGCGCAUCUUUGCUUACAAUUUAGAGUAUUCUUAGUGAGUGCUCAAAGUGGAAAGCAUACACAAGAAUCUAGAACCCUUCAAUUUUGGUUCGUGGACACACUUUUGGAAGCAGAACAUCCAAGUGUGGCACAAGAAUUUUUUAAGGAAUUAGUCAGUCCUCAAGAAUUUCCAAGAGAUUAUGUUGGAUUUAUAAAGAAAAUAAUGAAGUUAAUGUUACAUAAGUAUUCUACAAUUAAGAAGAUAGAAGUAGAAUUAAAACAACUUGAAGAACCAGUUAAUCUUCCAGCUAGACCAUUAUCAACAGAUGAGACAAUUAUUGGUCAAGUGGUUGAAUUGACAUUAGAAAAAGUGUUAGAACUUAUUGAAUCUGCUUAUCCAAAUCCAAUUACAAUAACUGAUAUAGCAAAAGAACAUGGCUGGGAUCCUUCUGCUGUUGAAGUAAAAUUAAAAGAAUUACAGGAAAAAGGUGUUGUUAAAGCAAUGGAACAUGGAGCUUUUACUAGAGUUGUACACCAAGAUACUCAAAUACAAGUUGUAAAACAAAUGCCAACAAUGGCAAGUGCAAAACAACCUACUAUAGCAAUUAUUACUGCACAAUAUUGUGAAAAAUUAGCAGUUGAUUCUAUGAUUGAAAACAAAGAAACAUUUGUUCGCUAUACUACUGUGGGUGAAUCAAAUGUUUAUACAUUAGGCAAUAUUGGUGCACAUAGAAUUGUAUGCACAAAACUACCAACUGUAGGUCAUACAAGAGAAGCAAUGACUGCAGCAGGAAAUACAACUACCAGAUUAUUAGGUAGUACAUUUCAAAAAGUUGAUUUUGUCUUUUUAAUUGGAAUUGGUGGAGGUGUACCACAUUAUACAGAUUAUAACAAACAUGUGCGACUUGGUGAUGUGGUUAUAUCUCAUCCUGCUCCUUUUAAUAAGAAGUUUAUUUACGUUUAUUGCGAAAGUGCAAAGACAAAUGAAAAUGGUGAUUAUCAUUUUGAAACCAAAGAAUAUUGUCCACCAAAUUUAUGCCUUCAAGAAAUUGCUGCUAAUCUGAAAGAUCAAUCAGAGAAUGAGCGAAAUCCUCCAUGGCAAACGUACCUGAAGGAAGGUUUAGAUAUUUUAAACAAUCAAACGGAGCAUGAUUUUAAACUACCUCCACCAGAGUCUGACAAAUUAUAUAUGGCUAUUGGCGAAAGAGAUGUUAUUGAAGUUGCGCAUCCUACUGCACCUUUAGAUGCGACGAAUAAAAGAACAAAUGGCUGUCCACGAAUUCACUUAGCACCUGUAGCAUCUGGUAGACAUAUUGCACGUGAUGACCAACUUAGACAGAAAUUUGCAACCCGUUUUGGAGCUCUUGCAUUUGAUACAGAAAUGGAUGCUGUAGUCGAAAGUAUCUUGGGUAAUUGCCGUGAAAGUUUUGCCGUUAUUCGAGGUAUUUCUGAUUAUAAAGAUGGCUCUCGUAUAAAGGAAUGGCAGCCUUAUGCAUCUUUAGCUGCUGCUAGUGUAAUGAAAUCUAUUAUUUGCGCUAUGGACCCACCCACUAACGUAUAAUACUAUUUCCGGUAUUCAUUUUAUUUCAUUCCGGAUAGCAUUUUCUGCAAUAGUUGGUAAAAAUAUCAUUGUUUUUUUUUUUUUUUUAU